AUGGAAUAUGAAACAGAGCAAAUGGAGUUGUACUCGAGCCCAAGCUAUCACUACAUAUCCCCGUUAGUGCAUUCAAGCUCCAAUCUUUCAAGUUUCCGCUCGUCAGCACCUAUACGUCGGACUCAAUCCUAUGUUCAGUCAACGCAUCAAAAUCGCCACUACACAAUGCCUCGGUAUGGAUACGGCGGCGGAUACAUGUCACGAUCACUUUCACGAAAUGAAUCAACGUUGUUUGGCAGAUCUUUGCAAAGUUCUGUACUAGCGAAAACUCCGCCAUUCCACAGUGUGGCUUUACAACGCAGUACGCCGCAUUAUACUGAUAAAUAUCCUUAUGUGCGAUACACGUAUGGCAAUUUGGACACAAGCCUUGGGAUCCUUGCCCAAAGUGAUGCGCUUGGUCGUUCUCACAGUGUCCGCGACUUGGGAACUAAACGUUGGCUAGAAGGUAGUCUGAGCUCGUACAACAGUCGUUUAUUCUCCACUCCAACAAAUUAUUAUGAAAGAGUGGAAAGGCCGGUAGCACCAACCAGGAACUACAUCCGUUACAUGCCGAUGGAAGAUGCAAUGAAUAUGUACAAAAAGCGGUGCAUGACAGUCAGUACACUUUCAAAAUAUUGGUUAACGCCAAGCACCAGAACUACUAGACAAGACAGCAACAUCUACGGCAGCGAUAGCUACUCAACUUCUCGAUAUGCACGACAAGCACCCAGUACAUACAGUUUUGCAAGCAGAUUAACAAGUUAUUGGUGA